AUGGAGUGUCAAGGCCUACGAAGGAGUGUCAAGGCUCACGAAGGAGUGUCAAGGCUCACAAAGGAGUGUCAAGGCCUACGAGGGAGUGUCAAGGCUCACGAAGGAGUGUCAAGGCCUACGAAGGAGUGUCAAGGCUCACGAAGGAGUGUCAAGGCUCACGAAGGAGUGUCAAGGCCUACGAAGGAGUGUCAAGGCUCACGAAGGAGUGUCAAGGCUCACGAAGGAGUGUCAAGGCUCACGAAGGAGCGUCAAGGCCUACGCAGGAGUGUCAAGGCUCACGAAGGAGUGUCAAGGCUCACGAAGGAGUGUCAAGGCUCACGAAGGAGUGUCAAGGCUCACGAAGGAGUGUCAAGGCCUACGAAGGAGUGCCAAGGCUCACGAAGGAGUGUCAAGGCUCACGAAGGAGUGUCAAGGCCUACGAAGGAGUGUCAAGGCCUACGAAGGAGUGUCAAGGCUCACGAAGGAGUGUCAAGGCCUACGAAGGAGUGUCAAGGCUCACGAAGGAGUGUCAAGGCCUACGAAGGAGUGUCAAGGCCUACGAAGGAGUGUCAAGGCUCACGAAGGAGUGUCAAGGCUCACGAAGGAGUGUCAAUGCUCACGAAAGAGUGUCAAGGCUCACGAAGGAGUGUCAAGGCCUACGAAGGAGUGUCAAGGCUCACGAAGGAGUGUCAAGGCUCACGAAGGAGUGUCAAGGCCUACGAAGGAGUGUCAAGGCCUACGAAGGAGUGUCAAGGCUCACGAAGGAGUGUCAAGGCCUACGAAGGAGUGUCAAGGCUCACGAAGGAGUGUCAAGGCUCACGAAGGAGUGUCAAGGCCUACGAAGGAGAGUCAAGGCCUACGAAGGAGUGUCAAGGCUCACGAAGGAGUGUCAAGGCCUACGAAGGGGUGUCAAGGCUCACGAAGGAGUGUCAAGGCCUACGAAGGAGUGUCAAGGCUCACGAAGGAGUGUCAAGGCUCACGAAGGAGUGUCAAUGCUCACGAAAGAGUGUCAAGGCCUACGAAGGAGUGUCAAGGCUCACGAAGGAGUGUCAAGGCUCACGAAGGAGUGUCAAGGCUCACGAAAGAGUGUCAAGGCUCACGAAGGAGUGUCAAGGCCUACGAAGGAGUGUCAAGGCCUACGAAGGAGUGUCAAGGCUCACGAAGGAGUGUCAAGGCUCACGAAGGAGUGUCAAUGCUCACGAAAGAGUGUCAAGGCCUACGAAGGAGUGUCAAGGCUCACGAAGGAGUGUCAAGGCUUACGAAGGAGUGUCAAGGCCUACGAAGGAGUGUCAAGGCUCACGAAGGAGUGUCAAGGCCUACGAAGGAGUGUCAAGGCUCACGAAGGAGUGUCAAGGCCUACGAAGGAGUGUCAAGGCUCACGAAGGAGCGUCAAGGCCUACGAAGGAGUGUCAAAGCUCACGAAGGAGUGUCAAGGCCUACGAAGGAGUGUCAAGGCUCACGAAGGAGUGUCAAGGCCUACGAAGGAGUGUCAAGGCUCACGAAGGAGUGUCAAGGCUCACGAAGGAGUGUCAAGGCCUACGAAGGAGAGUCAAGGCCUACGAAGGAGUGUCAAGGCUCACGAAGGAGUGUCAAGGCCUACGAAGGGGUGUCAAGGCUCACGAAGGAGUGUCAAGGCCUACGAAGGAGUGUCAAGGCUCACGAAGGAGUGUCAAGGCUCACGAAGGAGUGUCAAUGCUCACGAAAGAGUGUCAAGGCCUACGAAGGAGUGUCAAGGCUCACGUAGGAGUGUCAUGGCUCACGAAGGAGUGUCAAGGCUCACGAAAGAGUGUCAAGGCCUACGAAGGAGAGUCAAGGCCUACGAAGGAGUGUCAAGGCUCACGAAGGAGUGUCAAGGCCUACGAAGGAGUGUCAAGGCUCACGAAGGAGUGUCAAGGCUCACGAAGGAGUGUCAAGGCUCACGAAAGAGUGUCAAGGCCUACGAAGGAGAGUCAAGGCCUACGAAGGAGUGUCAAGGCUCACGAAGGAGUGUCAAGGCCUACGAAGGAGUGUCAAGGCUCACGAAGGAGUGUCAAGGCCUACGAAGGAGUGUCAAGGCUCACGAAGGAGUGUCAAGGCCUACGAAGGAGUGUCAAGGCUCACGAAGGAGUGUCAAGGCCUACGAAGGAGUGUCAAGGCUCACGAAGGAGUGUCAAGGCUCACGAAGGAGUGUCAAUGCUCACGAAAGAGUGUCAAGGCCUACGAAGGAGUGUCAAGGCUCACGUAGGAGUGUCAUGGCUCACGAAGGAGUGUCAAGGCUCACGAAAGAGUGUCAAGGCUCACGAAGGAGUGUCAAGGCUCACGAAAGAGUGUCAAGGCCUACGAAGGAGAGUCAAGGCCUACGAAGGAGUGUCAAGGCUCACGAAGGAGUGUCAAGGCCUACGAAGGAGUGUCAAGGCUCACGAAGGAGUGUCAAGGCCUACGAAGGAGUGUCAAGGCUCACGAAGGAGUGUCAAGGCCUACGAAGGAGUGUCAAGGCUCACGAAGGAGUGUCAAGGCCUACGAAGGAGUGUCAAGGCCUACGAAGGAGUGUCAAGGCUCACGAAGGAGUGUCAAGGCUCACGAAGGAGUGUCAAUGCUCACGAAAGAGUGUCAAGGCCUACGAAGGAGUGUCAAGGCUCACGAAGGAGUGUCAAGGCUCACGAAGGAGUGUCAAGGCCUACGAAGGAGUGUCAAGGCUCACGAAGGAGUGUCAAGGCCUACGAAGGAGUGUCAAGGCUCACGAAGGAGUGUCAAGGCCUACGAAGGAGUGUCAAGGCUCACGAAGGAGUGUCAAGGCCUACGAAGGAGUGUCAAGGCUCACGAAGGAGUGUCAAGGCCUACGAAGGAGUGUCAAGGCUCACGAAGGAGUGUCAAGGCCUACGAAGGAGUGUCAAGGCUCACGAAGGAGUGUCAAGGCUCACGAAGGAGUGUCAAGGCCUACGAAGGAGAGUCAAGGCCUACGAAGGAGUGUCAAGGUUCACGAAGGAGUGUCAAGGCCUACGAAGGAGUGUCAAGGUUCACGAAGGAGUGUCAAGGCCUACGAAGGAGUGUCAAGGCUCACGAAGGAGUGUCAAGGCUCACGAAGGAGUGUCAAGGUUCACGAAGGAGUGUCAAGGCCUACGAAGGAGUGUCAAGGCUCACGAAGGAGUGUCAAGGCCUACGAAGGAGUGUCAAGGCUCACGAAGGAGUGUCAAGGCCUACGAAGGAGUGUCAAGGCUCACGAAGGAGUGUCAAGGCUCACGAAGGAGUGUCAAUGCUCACGAAAGAGUGUCAAGGCCUACGAAGGAGUGUCAAGGCUCACGAAGGAGUGUCAAGGCCUACGAAGGAGUGUCAAGGCUCACGAAGGAGUGUCAAGGCUCACGAAGGAGUGUCAAGGCUCACGAAAGAGUGUCAAGGCCUACGAAGGAGAGUCAAGGCCUACGAAGGAGUGUCAAGGCUCACGAAGGAGUGUCAAGGCCUACGAAGGAGUGUCAAGGCUCACGAAGGAGUGUCAAGGCCUACGAAGGAGUGUCAAGGCUCACGAAGGAGUGUCAAGGCCUACGAAGGAGUGUCAAGGCUCACGAAGGAGUGUCAAGGCCUACGAAGGAGUGUCAAGGCCUACGAAGGAGUGUCAAGGCUCACGAAGGAGUGUCAAGGCCUACGAAGGAGUGUCAAAGCUCACGAAGGAGUGUCAAGGCCUACGAAGGAGUGUCAAGGCUCACGAAGGAGUGUCAAGGCCUACGAAGGAGUGUCAAGGCUCACGAAGGAGUGUCAAGGCUCACGAAGGAGUGUCAAGGCCUACGAAGGAGAGUCAAGGCCUACGAAGGAGUGUCAAGGCUCACGAAGGAGUGUCAAGGCCUACGAAGGGGUGUCAAGGCUCACGAAGGAGUGUCAAGGCCUACGAAGGAGUGUCAAGGCUCACGAAGGAGUGUCAAGGCUCACGAAGGAGUGUCAAUGCUCACGAAAGAGUGUCAAGGCCUACGAAGGAGUGUCAAGGCUCACGAAAGAGUGUCAAGGCUCACGAAGGAGUGUCAAGGCUCACGAAAGAGUGUCAAGGCCUACGAAGGAGAGUCAAGGCCUACGAAGGAGUGUCAAGGCUCACGAAGGAGUGUCAAGGCCUACGAAGGAGUGUCAAGGCUCACGAAGGAGUGUCAAGGCCUACGAAGGAGUGUCAAGGCUCACGAAGGAGUGUCAAGGCCUACGAAGGAGUGUCAAGGCCUACGAAGGAGUGUCAAGGCUCACGAAGGAGUGUCAAGGCUUACGAAGGAGUGUCAAGGCCUACGAAGGAGUGUCAAGGCUCACGAAGGAGUGUCAAGGCUCACGAAGGAGUGUCAAGGCUCACGAAAGAGUGUCAAGGCCUACGAAGGAGAGUCAAGGCCUACGAAGGAGUGUCAAGGCUCACGAAGGAGUGUCAAGGCCUACGAAGGAGUGUCAAGGCUCACGAAGGAGUGUCAAGGCCUACGAAGGAGUGUCAAGGCUCACGAAGGAGUGUCAAGGGCUACGAAGGAGUGUCAAGGCUCACGAAGGAGUGUCAAGGCCUACGAAGGAGUGUCAAGGCCUACGAAGGAGUGUCAAGGCCUACGAAGGAGUGUCAAGGCUCACGAAGGAGUGUCAAGGCCUACGAAGGAGUGUCAAAGCUCACGAAGGAGUGUCAAGGCCUACGAAGGAGUGUCAAGGCCUACGAAGGAGUGUCAAGGCUCACGAAGGAGUGUCAAGGCCUACGAAGGAGUGUCAAGGCUCACGAAGGAGUGUCAAUGCUCACGAAAGAGUGUCAAGGCCUACGAAGGAGUGUCAAGGCUCACGAAGGAGUGUCAAGGCUUACGAAGGAGUGUCAAGGCCUACGAAGGAGUGUCAAGGCUCACGAAGGAGUGUCAAGGCCUACGAAGGAGUGUCAAGGCUCACGAAGGAGUGUCAAGGCCUACGAAGGAGUGUCAAGGCUCACGAAGGAGCGUCAAGGCCUACGAAGGAGUGUCAAAGCUCACGAAGGAGUGUCAAGGCCUACGAAGGAGUGUCAAGGCUCACGAAGGAGUGUCAAGGCCUACGAAGGAGUGUCAAGGCUCACGAAGGAGUGUCAAGGCUCACGAAGGAGUGUCAAGGCCUACGAAGGAGAGUCAAGGCCUACGAAGGAGUGUCAAGGCUCACGAAGGAGUGUCAAGGCCUACGAAGGGGUGUCAAGGCUCACGAAGGAGUGUCAAGGCCUACGAAGGAGUGUCAAGGCUCACGAAGGAGUGUCAAGGCUCACGAAGGAGUGUCAAUGCUCACGAAAGAGUGUCAAGGCCUACGAAGGAGUGUCAAGGCUCACGUAGGAGUGUCAUGGCUCACGAAGGAGUGUCAAGGCUCACGAAAGAGUGUCAAGGCCUACGAAGGAGAGUCAAGGCCUACGAAGGAGUGUCAAGGCUCACGAAGGAGUGUCAAGGCCUACGAAGGAGUGUCAAGGCUCACGAAGGAGUGUCAAGGCUCACGAAGGAGUGUCAAGGCUCACGAAAGAGUGUCAAGGCCUACGAAGGAGAGUCAAGGCCUACGAAGGAGUGUCAAGGCUCACGAAGGAGUGUCAAGGCCUACGAAGGAGUGUCAAGGCUCACGAAGGAGUGUCAAGGCCUACGAAGGAGUGUCAAGGCUCACGAAGGAGUGUCAAGGCCUACGAAGGAGUGUCAAGGCUCACGAAGGAGUGUCAAGGCCUACGAAGGAGUGUCAAGGCUCACGAAGGAGUGUCAAGGCUCACGAAGGAGUGUCAAUGCUCACGAAAGAGUGUCAAGGCCUACGAAGGAGUGUCAAGGCUCACGUAGGAGUGUCAUGGCUCACGAAGGAGUGUCAAGGCUCACGAAAGAGUGUCAAGGCUCACGAAGGAGUGUCAAGGCUCACGAAAGAGUGUCAAGGCCUACGAAGGAGAGUCAAGGCCUACGAAGGAGUGUCAAGGCUCACGAAGGAGUGUCAAGGCCUACGAAGGAGUGUCAAGGCUCACGAAGGAGUGUCAAGGCCUACGAAGGAGUGUCAAGGCUCACGAAGGAGUGUCAAGGCCUACGAAGGAGUGUCAAGGCUCACGAAGGAGUGUCAAGGCCUACGAAGGAGUGUCAAGGCCUACGAAGGAGUGUCAAGGCUCACGAAGGAGUGUCAAGGCUCACGAAGGAGUGUCAAUGCUCACGAAAGAGUGUCAAGGCCUACGAAGGAGUGUCAAGGCUCACGAAGGAGUGUCAAGGCUCACGAAGGAGUGUCAAGGCCUACGAAGGAGUGUCAAGGCUCACGAAGGAGUGUCAAGGCCUACGAAGGAGUGUCAAGGCUCACGAAGGAGUGUCAAGGCCUACGAAGGAGUGUCAAGGCUCACGAAGGAGUGUCAAGGCCUACGAAGGAGUGUCAAGGCUCACGAAGGAGUGUCAAGGCCUACGAAGGAGUGUCAAGGCCUACGAAGGAGUGUCAAGGCUCACGAAGGAGUGUCAAGGCUCACGAAGGAGUGUCAAGGCCUACGAAGGAGAGUCAAGGCCUACGAAGGAGUGUCAAGGCCUACGAAGGGGUGUCAAGGCUCACGAAGGAGUGUCAAGGCCUACGAAGGAGUGUCAAGGCUCACGAAGGAGUGUCAAGGCUCACGAAGGAGUGUCAAUGCUCACGAAAGAGUGUCAAGGCCUACGAAGGAGUGUCAAGGCUCACGAAGGAGUGUCAAGGCUCACGAAGGAGUGUCAAGGCUCACGAAAGAGUGUCAAGGCUCACGAAGGAGUGUCAAGGCCUACGAAGGAGUGUCAAGGCCUACGAAGGAGUGUCAAGGCUCACGAAGGAGUGUCAAGGCCUACGAAGGAGUGUCAAGGCUCACGAAGGAGUGUCAAGGCUCACGAAGGAGUGUCAAUGCUCACGAAAGAGUGUCAAGGCCUACGAAGGAGUGUCAAGGCUCACGAAGGAGUGUCAAGGCUCACGAAGGAGUGUCAAGGCCUACGAAGGAGUGUCAAGGCUCACGAAGGAGUGUCAAGGCCUACGAAGGAGUGUCAAGGCUCACGAAGGAGUGUCAAGGCCUACGAAGGAGUGUCAAGGCUCACGAAGGAGUGUCAAGGCCUACGAAGGAGUGUCAAGGCCUACGAAGGAGUGUCAAGGCUCACGAAGGAGUGUCAAGGCUCACGAAGGAGUGUCAAGGCCUACGAAGGAGAGUCAAGGCCUACGAAGGAGUGUCAAGGCCUACGAAGGGGUGUCAAGGCUCACGAAGGAGUGUCAAGGCCUACGAAGGAGUGUCAAGGCUCACGAAGGAGUGUCAAGGCUCACGAAGGAGUGUCAAUGCUCACGAAAGAGUGUCAAGGCCUACGAAGGAGUGUCAAGGCUCACGAAGGAGUGUCAAGGCUCACGAAGGAGUGUCAAGGCUCACGAAAGAGUGUCAAGGCUCACGAAGGAGUGUCAAGGCCUACGAAGGAGUGUCAAGGCCUACGAAGGAGUGUCAAGGCUCACGAAGGAGUGUCAAGGCUCACGAAGGAGUGUCAAUGCUCACGAAAGAGUGUCAAGGCCUACGAAGGAGUGUCAAGGCUCACGAAGGAGUGUCAAGGCUUACGAAGGAGUGUCAAGGCCUACGAAGGAGUGUCAAGGCUCACGAAGGAGUGUCAAGGCCUACGAAGGAGUGUCAAGGCUCACGAAGGAGUGUCAAGGCCUACGAAGGAGUGUCAAGGCUCACGAAGGAGUGUCAAGGCCUACGAAGGAGUGUCAAAGCUCACGAAGGAGUGUCAAGGCCUACGAAGGAGUGUCAAGGCUCACGAAGGAGUGUCAAGGCCUACGAAGGAGUGUCAAGGCUCACGAAGGAGUGUCAAGGCUCACGAAGGAGUGUCAAGGCCUACGAAGGAGAGUCAAGGCCUACGAAGGAGUGUCAAGGCUCACGAAGGAGUGUCAAGGCCUACGAAGGGGUGUCAAGGCUCACGAAGGAGUGUCAAGGCCUACGAAGGAGUGUCAAGGCUCACGAAGGAGUGUCAAGGCUCACGAAGGAGUGUCAAUGCUCACGAAAGAUUGUCAAGGCCUACGAAGGAGUGUCAAGGCUCACGAAGGAGUGUCAAGGCUCACGAAGGAGUGCCAAGGCUCACGAAAGAGUGUCAAGGCCUACGAAGGAGAGUCAAGGCCUACGAAGGAGUGUCAAGGCUCACGAAGGAGUGUCAAGGCCUACGAAGGAGUGUCAAGGCUCACGAAGGAGUGUCAAGGCCUACGAAGGAGUGUCAAGGCUCACGAAGGAGUGUCAAGGCCUACGAAGGAGUGUCAAGGCUCACGAAGGAGUGUCAAGGCUCACGAAGGAGUGUCAAGGCCUACGAAGGAGUGUCAAGGCUCACGAAGGAGUGUCAAGGCCUACGAAGGAGUGUCAAGGCUCACGAAGGAGUGUCAAGGCCUACGAAGGAGUGUCAAGGCUCACGAAGGAGUGUCAAGGCCUACGAAGGAGUGUCAAGGCUCACGAAGGAGUGUCAAGGCCUACGAAGGAGUGUCAAGGCUCACGAAGGAGUGUCAAGGCCUACGAAGGAGUGUCAAGGCUCACGAAGGAGUGUCAAGGCUCACGAAGGAGUGUCAAGGCCUACGAAGGAGAGUCAAGGCCUACGAAGGAGUGUCAAGGCUCACGAAGGAGUGUCAAGGCCUACGAAGGAGUGUCAAGGCUCACGAAGGAGUGUCAAGGCCUACGAAGGAGUGUCAAGGCUCACGAAGGAGUGUCAAGGCUCACGAAGGAGUGUCAAUGCUCACGAAAGAGUGUCAAGGCCUACGAAGGAGUGUCAAGGCUCACGAAGGAGUGUCAAGGCCUACGAAGGAGUGUCAAGGCUCACGAAAGAGUGUCAAGGCCUACGAAGGAGAGUCAAGGCCUACGAAGGAGUGUCAAGGCUCACGAAGGAGUGUCAAGGCCUACGAAGGAGUGUCAAGGCUCACGAAGGAGUGUUAAGGCUCACGAAGGAGUGUCAAGGCCUACGAAGGAGUGUCAAGGCUCACGAAGGAGUGUCAAGGCUCACGAAGGAGUGUCAAUGCUCACGAAAGAGUGUCAAGGCCUACGAAGGAGUGUCAAGGCUCACGAAGGAGUGUCAAGGCUCACGAAGGAGUGCCAAGGCUCACGAAAGAGUGUCAAGGCCUACGAAGGAGAGUCAAGGCCUACGAAGGAGUGUCAAGGCUCACGAAGGAGUGUCAAGGCCUACGAAGGAGUGUCAAGGCUCACGAAGGAGUGUCAAGGCCUACGAAGGAGUGUCAAGGCUCACGAAGGAGUGUCAAGGCCUACGAAGGAGUGUCAAGGCUCACGAAGGAGUGUCAAGGCCUACGAAGGAGUGUCAAGGCCUACGAAGGAGUGUCAAGGCUCACGAAGGAGUGUCAAGGCUCACGAAGGAGUGUCAAUGCUCACGAAAGAGUGUCAAGGCCUACGAAGGAGUGUCAAGGCUCACGAAGGAGUGUCAAGGCUCACGAAGGAGUGUCAAGGCCUACGAAGGAGUGUCAAGGCUCACGAAGGAGUGUCAAGGCCUACGAAGGAGUGUCAAAACUCACGAAGGAGUGUCAAGGCCUACGAAGGAGUGUCAAGGCUCACGAAGGAGUGUCAAGGCCUACGAAGGAGUGUCAAGGCUCACGAAGGAGUGUCAAGGCCUACGAAGGAGUGUCAAGGCUCACGAAGGAGUGUCAAGGCCUACGAAGGAGUGUCAAGGCUCACGAAGGAGUGUCAAGGCUCACGAAGGAGUGUCAAGGCCUACGAAGGAGAGUCAAGGCCUACGAAGGAGUGUCAAGGCUCACGAAGGAGUGUCAAGGCCUACGAAGGAGUGUCAAGGCUCACGAAGGAGUGUCAAGGCCUACGAAGGAGUGUCAAGGCUCACGAAGGAGUGUCAAGGCUCACGAAGGAGUGUCAAUGCUCACGAAAGAGUGUCAAGGCCUACGAAGGAGUGUCAAGGCUCACGAAGGAGUGUCAAGGCCUACGAAGGAGUGUCAAGGCUCACGAAGGAGUGUCAAGGCUCACGAAGGAGUGUCAAGGCUCACGAAAGAGUGUCAAGGCCUACGAAGGAGAGUCAAGGCCUACGAAGGAGUGUCAAGGCUCACGAAGGAGUGUCAAGGCCUACGAAGGAGUGUCAAGGCUCACGAAGGAGUGUUAAGGCUCACGAAGGAGUGUCAAGGCCUACGAAGGAGUGCUCACGAUGGAGUGUCAAGGCCUACGAAGGAGUGUCAAGGCUCACGAAGGAGUGUCAAGGCUCACAAAGGAGUGUCAAGGCCUACGAGGGAGUGUCAAGGCUCACGAAGGAGUGUCAAGGCCUACGAAGGAGUGUCAAGGCUCACGAAGGAGUGUCAAGGCUCACGAAGGAGUGUCAAGGCCUACGAAGGAGUGUCAAGGCUCACGAAGGAGUGUCAAGGCUCACGAAGGAGUGUCAAGGCUCACGAAGGAGCGUCAAGGCCUACGCAGGAGUGUCAAGGCUCACGAAGGAGUGUCAAGGCUCACGAAGGAGUGUCAAGGCUCACGAAGGAGUGUCAAGGCUCACGAAGGAAGGCUCACGAAGGAGUGUCAAUGCUCACGAAAGAGUGUCAAGGCCUACGAAGGAGUGUCAAGGCUCACGAAGGAGUGUCAAGGCUCACGAAGGAGUGUCAAGGCCUACGAAGGAGUGUCAAGGCUCACGAAGGAGUGUCAAGGCCUACGAAGGAGUGUCAAGGCUCACGAAGGAGUGUCAAGGCCUACGAAGGAGUGUCAAGGCUCACGAAGGAGUGUCAAGGCCUACGAAGGAGUGUCAAGGCUCACGAAGGAGUGUCAAGGCCUACGAAGGAGUGUCAAGGCUCACGAAGGAGUGUCAAGGCCUACGAAGGAGUGUCAAGGCUCACGAAGGAGUGUCAAGGCUCACGAAGGAGUGUCAAGGCCUACGAAGGAGUGUCAAGGCUCACGAAGGAGUGUCAAGGCUCACGAAGGAGUGUCAAGGCCUACGAAGGAGUGUCAAGGCUCACGAAGGAGUGUCAAGGCCUACGAAGGAGUGUCAAGGCUCACGAAGGAGUGUCAAGGCUCACGAAGGAGUGUCAAUGCUCACGAAAGAGUGUCAAGGCCUACGAAGGAGUGUCAAGGCUCACGAAGGAGUGUCAAGGCCUACGAAGGAGUGUCAAGGCUCACGAAGGAGUGUCAAGGCUCACGAAGGAGUGUCAAGGCUCACGAAAGAGUGUCAAGGCCUACGAAGGAGAGUCAAGGCCUACGAAGGAGUGUCAAGGCUCACGAAGGAGUGUCAAGGCCUACGAAGGAGUGUCAAGGCUCACGAAGGAGUGUUAAGGCUCACGAAGGAGUGUCAAGGCCUACGAAGGAGUGUCAAGGCUCACGAAGGAGUGUCAAGGCUCACGAUGGAGUGUCAAGGCCUACGAAGGAGUGUCAAGGCUCACGAUGGAGUGUCAAGGCUCACAAAGGAGUGUCAAGGCCUACGAGGGAGUGUCAAGGCCUACGAAGGAGUGUCAAUGCUCACGAAAGAGUGUCAAGGCUCACGAAAGAGUGUCAAGGCUCACGAAGGAGAGUCAAGGCCUACGAAGGAGUGUCAAGGCUCACGAAGGAGUGUCAAGGCUCACGAAGGAGUGUCAAGGCUCACGAAGGAGCGUCAAGGCCUACGAAGGAGUGUCAAGGCUCACGAAGGAGUGUCAAGGCCUACGAAGGAGUGUCAAGGCUCACGAAGGAGUGUCAAGGCUCACGAAGGAGUGUCAAGGCCUACGAAGGAGUGUCAAGGCCUACGAAGGAGUGUCAAGGCUCACGAAGGAGUGUCAAGGCCUACGAAGGAGUGUCAAGGCUCACGAAGGAGUGUCAAGGCCUACGAAGGAGUGUCAAGGCUCACGAAGGAGUGUCAAGGCCUACGAAGGAGUGUCAAGGCUCACGAAGGAGUGUCAAGGCCUACGAAGGAGUGUCAAGGCUCACGAAGGAGUGUCAAGGCCUACGAAGGAGUGUCAAGGCUCACGAAGGAGUGUCAAGGCUCACGAAGGAGUGUCAAGGCCUACGAAGGAGAGUCAAGGCCUACGAAGGAGUGUCAAGGCUCACGAAGGAGUGUCAAGGCUCACGAAGGAGUGUCAAGGCUCACGAAGGAGUGUCAAUGCUCACGAAAGAGUGUCAAGGCUCACGAAAGAGUGUCAAGGCCUACGAAGGAGAGUCAAGGCCUACGAAGGAGUGUCAAGGCUCACGAAGGAGUGUCAAGGCCUACGAAGGAGUGUCAAGGCUCACGAAGGAGUGUCAAGGCCUACGAAGGAGUGUCAAGGCUCACGAAGGAGUGUCAAGGCCUACGAAGGAGUGUCAAGGCUCACGAAGGAGUGUCAAGGCCUACGAAGGAGUGUCAAGGCCUACGAAGGAGUGUCAAGGCCUACGAAGGAGUGUCAAGGCUCACGAAGGAGUGUCAAGGCCUACGAAGGAGUGUCAAGGCUCACGAAGGAGUGUCAAGGCCUACGAAGGAGUGUCAAGGCUCACGAAGGAGUGUCAAGGCCUACGAAGGAGUGUCAAGGCUCACGAAGGAGUGUCAAGGCCUACGAAGGAGUGUCAAGGCUCACGAAGGAGUGUCAAGGCCUACGAAGGAGUGUCAAGGCUCACGAAGGAGUGUCAAGGCUCACGAAGGAGUGUCAAGGCCUACGAAGGAGAGUCAAGGCCUACGAAGGAGUGUCAAGGCUCACGAAGGAGUGUCAAGGCCUACGAAGGAGUGUCAAGGCUCACGAAGGAGUGUCAAGGCCUACGAAGGAGUGUCAAGGCCUACGAAGGAGUGUCAAGGCUCACGAAGGAGUGUCAAGGCCUACAAAGGAGUGUCAAGGCUCACGAAGGAGUGUCAAGGCCUACGAAGGAGUGUCAAGGCUCACGAAGGAGUGUCAAGGCUCACGAAGGAGUGUCAAGGCUCACGAAAGAGUGUCAAGGCCUACGAAGGAGAGUCAAGGCCUACGAAGGAGUGUCAAGGCUCACGAAGGAGUGUCAAGGCCUACGAAGGAGUGUCAAGGCUCACGAAGGAGUGUCAAGGCCUACGAAGGAGUGUCAAGGCUCACGAAGGAGUGUCAAGGCCUACGAAGGAGUGUCAAGGCCUACGAAGGAGUGUCAAGGCUCACGAAGGAGUGUUAAGGCUCACGAAGGAGUGUCAAGGCCUACGAAGGAGUGUCAAGGCUCACGAAGGAGUGUCAAGGCCUACGAAGGAGUGUCAAGGCUCACGAAGGAGUGUCAAGGCCUACGAAGGAGUGUCAAGGCUCACGAAGGAGUGUCAAGGCUCACGAAGGAGUGUCAAGGCCUACGAAGGAGUGUCAAGGCUCACGAAGGAGUGUCAAGGCUCACGAAGGAGUGUCAAGGCCUACGAAGGAGUGUCAAGGCUCACGAAGGAGUGUCAAGGCUCACGAAGGAGUGUCAAGGCUCACGAAGGAGCGUCAAGGCCUACGCAGGAGUGUCAAGGCUCACGAAGGAGUGUCAAGGCUCACGAAGGAGUGUCAAGGCUCACGAAGGAGUGUCAAGGCUCACGAAGGAGUGUCAAGGCCUACGAAGGAGUGUCAAGGCUCACGAAGGAGUGUCAAGGCCUACGAAGGAGUGUCAAGGCUCACGAAGGAGUGUCAAGGCUCACGAAGGAGUGUCAAGGCUCACGAAGGAGUGUCAAGGCCUACGAAGGAGUGUCAAGGCUCACGAAGGAGUGUCAAGGGUCACGAAGGAGUGUCAAGGCUCACGAAGGAGUGUCAAGGCCUACGAAGGAGUGUCAAGGCUCACGAAGGAGUGUCAAGGCCUACGAAGGAGUGUCAAGGCUCACGAAGGAGUGUCAAGGCCUACGAAGGAGUGUCAAGGCUCACGAAGGAGUGUCAAGGCCUACGAAGGAGAGUCAAGGCUCACGAAGGAGUGUCAAGGCUCACGAAGGAGUGUCAAGGCCUACGAAGGAGAGUCAAGGCCUACGAAGGAGUGUCAAGGCUCACGAAGGAGUGUCAAGGCCUACGAAGGAGUGUCAAGGCUCACGAAGGAGUGUCAAGGCCUACGAAGGAGUGUCAAGGCUCACGAAGGAGAGUCAAGGCUCACGAAGGAGUGUCAAGGCUCACGAAGGAGUGUCAAGGCCUACGAAGGAGUGUCAAGGCUCACGAAAGAGUGUCAAGGCCUACGAAGGAGUGUCAAGGCUCACGAAGGAGUAUCAAGGCUCACGAAAGAGUGUCAAGGCUCACGAAGGAGUGUCAAGGCUCACGAAGGAGUGUCAAGGCUCACGAAGGAGUGUCAAGGCUCACGAAGGAGUGUCAAGGCUCACGAAGGAGUGCCAAGGCCUACGAAGGAGUGUCAAGGCUCACGAAAGUGUCAAGGCCUACGAAGGAGUGUCAAGGCCUACGAAGGAGUGUCAAGGCUCACGAAGGAGUGUCAAGGCCUACGAAGGAGUGUCAAGGCCUACGAAGGAGUGUCAAGGCUCGCGAAGGAGUGUUAAGGCUCACGAAGGAGUGUCAAGGCCUACGAAGGAGUGUCAAGGCUCACGAAGGAUUGUCAAGGCUCACGAAGGAGUGUCAAGGCCUACGAAGGAGUGUCAAGGCUCACGAAGGAGUGUCAAGGCCUACGAAGGAGUGCCAAGGCUCACGAGGAGUGUCAAGGCCUACGAAGGAGUGUUAAGGCUCACGAAGGAGUGUCAAGGCCUACGAAGGAGUGUCAAGGCCUACGAAGGAGUGUCAAGGCCUACGAAGGAGUGUCAAGGCUCACGAAGGAGUGUCAAGGCCUACGAAGGAGUGUCAAGGCCUACGAAGGAGUGUCAAGGCUCGCGAAGGAGUGUUAAGGCUCACGAAGGAGUGUCAAGGCCUACGAAGGAGUGUCAAGGGUCACGAAGGAGUGUCAAGGCUCACGAAGGAGUGUCAAGGCCUACGAAGGAGUGUCAAGGCUCACGAAGGAGUGUCAAGGCCUACGAAGGAGUGUCAAGGCUCACGAAGGAGUGUCAAGGCUCACGAAGGAGUGUCAAGGCUCACGAAGGAGUGUCAAGGCUCACGAAGGAGUGUCAAGACCUACGAAGGAGUGUCAAGGCCUACGAAGGAGUGCCUACGAAGGAGUGUCAAGGGUCACGAAGGAGUGUCAAGGCUCACGAAGGAGUGUCAAGGCCUACGAAGGAGUGUCAAGGCUCACGAAGGAGUGUCAAGGCCUACGAAGGAGUGUCAAGGCUCACGAAGGAGUGUCAAGGCUCACGAAGGAGUGUCAAGGCUCACGAAGGAGUGUCAAGGCUCACGAAGGAGUGUCAAGGCCUACGAAGGAGUGUCAAGGCUCACGAAGGAGUGUCAAGGCUCACGAAGGAGUGUCAAGGCCUACGAAGGAGUGUCAAGGCUCACGAAGGAGUGUCAAGGCUCACGAAGGAGUGUCAAGGCCUACGAAGGAGUGUCAAGGCCUACGAAGGAGUGUCAAGGCUCACGAAGGAGUGUCAAGGCCUAAGAAGGAGAGUCAAGGCCUACGAAGGAGUGUCAAGGCUCACGAAGGAGUGUCAAGGCCUACGAAGGGGUGUCAAGGCUCACGAAGGAGUGUCAAGGCCUACGAAGGAGUGUCAAGGCUCACGAAGGAGUGUCAAGGCUCACGAAGGAGUGUCAAUGCUCACGAAAGAGUGUCAAGGCUCACGAAAGAGUGUCAAGGCCUACGAAGGAGAGUCAAGGCCUACGAAGGAGUGUCAAGGCUCACGAAGGAGUGUCAAGGCCUACGAAGGAGUGUCAAGGCUCACGAAGGAGUGUCAAGGCCUACGAAGGAGUGUCAAGGCUCACGAAGGAGUGUCAAGGCCUACGAAGGAGUGUCAAGGCUCACGAAGGAGUGUCAAGGCCUACGAAGGAGUGUCAAGGCCUACGAAGGAGUGUCAAGGCUCACGAAGGAGUGUCAAGGCUCACGAAGGAGUGUCAAUGCUCACGAAAGAGUGUCAAGGCCUACGAAGGAGUGUCAAGGCUCACGAAGGAGUGUCAAGGCCUACGAAGGAGUGUCAAGGCUCACGAAGGAGUGUCAAGGCCUACGAAGGAGUGUCAAGGCUCACGAAGGAGUGUCAAGGCCUACGAAGGAGUGUCAAGGCUCACGAAGGAGUGUCAAGGCCUACGAAGGAGUGUCAAGGCUCACGAAGGAGUGUCAAGGCCUACGAAGGAGUGUCAAGGCUCACGAAGGAGUGUCAAGGCUCACGAAGGAGUGUCAAGGCCUACGAAGGAGAGUCAAGGCCUACGAAGGAGUGUCAAGGCUCACGAAGGAGUGUCAAGGCCUACGAAGGAGUGUCAAGGCUCACGAAGGAGUGUCAAGGCCUACGAAGGAGUGUCAAGGCCUACGAAGGAGUGUCAAGGCUCACGAAGGAGUGUCAAGGCCUACAAAGGAGUGUCAAGGCUCACGAAGGAGUGUCAAGGCCUACGAAGGAGUGUCAAGGCUCACGAAGGAGUGUCAAGGCUCACGAAGGAGUGUCAAGGCUCACGAAAGAGUGUCAAGGCCUACGAAGGAGAGUCAAGGCCUACGAAGGAGUGUCAAGGCUCACGAAGGAGUGUCAAGGCCUACGAAGGAGUGUCAAGGCUCACGAAGGAGUGUCAAGGCCUACGAAGGAGUGUCAAGGCUCACGAAGGAGUGUCAAGGCCUACGAAGGAGUGUCAAGGCCUACGAAGGAGUGUCAAGGCUCACGAAGGAGUGUUAAGGCUCACGAAGGAGUGUCAAGGCCUACGAAGGAGUGUCAAGGCUCACGAAGGAGUGUCAAGGCCUACGAAGGAGUGUCAAGGCUCACGAAGGAGUGUCAAGGCCUACGAAGGAGUGUCAAGGCUCACGAAGGAGUGUCAAGGCUCACGAAGGAGUGUCAAGGCCUACGAAGGAGUGUCAAGGCUCACGAAGGAGUGUCAAGGCUCACGAAGGAGUGUCAAGGCCUACGAAGGAGUGUCAAGGCUCACGAAGGAGUGUCAAGGCUCACGAAGGAGUGUCAAGGCUCACGAAGGAGCGUCAAGGCCUACGCAGGAGUGUCAAGGCUCACGAAGGAGUGUCAAGGCUCACGAAGGAGUGUCAAGGCUCACGAAGGAGUGUCAAGGCUCACGAAGGAGUGUCAAGGCUCACGAAGGAGUGUCAAGGCUCACGAAGGAGUGUCAAGGCUCACGAAAGAGUGUCAAGGCCUACGAAGGAGAGUCAAGGCCUACGAAGGAGUGUCAAGGCUCACGAAGGAGUGUCAAGGCCUACGAAGGAGUGUCAAGGCUCACGAAGGAGUGUCAAGGCCUACGAAGGAGUGUCAAGGCUCACGAAGGAGUGUCAAGGCCUACGAAGGAGUGUCAAGGCCUACGAAGGAGUGUCAAGGCUCACGAAGGAGUGUUAAGGCUCACGAAGGAGUGUCAAGGCCUACGAAGGAGUGUCAAGGCUCACGAAGGAGUGUCAAGGCCUACGAAGGAGUGUCAAGGCUCACGAAGGAGUGUCAAGGCCUACGAAGGAGUGUCAAGGCUCACGAAGGAGUGUCAAGGCUCACGAAGGAGUGUCAAGGCCUACGAAGGAGUGUCAAGGCUUACGAAGGAGUGUCAAGGCUCACGAAGGAGUGUCAAGGCCUACGAAGGAGUGUCAAGGCUCACGAAGGAGUGUCAAGGCUCACGAAGGAGUGUCAAGGCUCACGAAGGAGCGUCAAGGCCUACGCAGGAGUGUCAAGGCUCACGAAGGAGUGUCAAGGCUCACGAAGGAGUGUCAAGGCUCACGAAGGAGUGUCAAGGCUCACGAAGGAGUGUCAAGGCCUACGAAGGAGUGUCAAGGCUCACGAAGGAGUGUCAAGGCCUACGAAGGAGUGUCAAGGCUCACGAAGGAGUGUCAAGGCUCACGAAGGAGUGUCAAGGCUCACGAAGGAGUGUCAAGGCCUACGAAGGAGUGUCAAGGCUCACGAAGGAGUGUCAAGGGUCACGAAGGAGUGUCAAGGCUCACGAAGGAGUGUCAAGGCCUACGAAGGAGUGUCAAGGCUCACGAAGGAGUGUCAAGGCCUACGAAGGAGUGUCAAGGCUCACGAAGGAGUGUCAAGGCCUACGAAGGAGUGUCAAGGCUCACGAAGGAGUGUCAAGGCCUACGAAGGAGAGUCAAGGCUCACGAAGGAGUGUCAAGGCUCACGAAGGAGUGUCAAGGCCUACGAAGGAGAGUCAAGGCCUACGAAGGAGUGUCAAGGCUCACGAAGGAGUGUCAAGGCCUACGAAGGAGUGUCAAGGCUCACGAAGGAGUGUCAAGGCCUACGAAGGAGUGUCAAGGCUCACGAAGGAGAGUCAAGGCUCACGAAGGAGUGUCAAGGCUCACGAAGGAGUGUCAAGGCCUACGAAGGAGUGUCAAGGCUCACGAAAGAGUGUCAAGGCCUACGAAGGAGUGUCAAGGCUCACGAAGGAGUGUCAAGGCUCACGAAAGAGUGUCAAGGCUCACGAAGGAGUGUCAAGGCUCACGAAGGAGUGUCAAGGCUCACGAAGGAGUGUCAAGGCUCACGAAGGAGUGUCAAGGCUCACGAAGGAGUGCCAAGGCCUACGAAGGAGUGUCAAGGCUCACGAAAGUGUCAAGGCCUACGAAGGAGUGUCAAGGCCUACGAAGGAGUGUCAAGGCUCACGAAGGAGUGUCAAGGCCUACGAAGGAGUGUCAAGGCCUACGAAGGAGUGUCAAGGCUCGCGAAGGAGUGUCAAGGCUCACGAAGGAGUGUCAAGGCCUACGAAGGAGUGUCAAGGCUCACGAAGGAGUGUCAAGGCUCACGAAGGAGUGUCAAGGCCUACGAAGGAGUGUCAAGGCUCACGAAGGAGUGUCAAGGCCUACGAAGGAGUGCCAAGGCUCACGAGGAGUGUCAAGGCCUACGAAGGAGUGUUAAGGCUCACGAAGGAGUGUCAAGGCCUACGAAGGAGUGUCAAGGCCUACGAAGGAGUGUCAAGGCUCACGAAGGAGUGUUAAGGCUCACGAUGGAGUGUCAAGACCUUCGAAGGAGUGUCAAGGCUCACGAAGGAGUGUCAAGGCUCACAAAGGAGUGUCAAGGCCUACGAAGGAGUGUCAAGGCUCACGAAGGAGUGUCAAGGCCUACGAAGGAGUGUCAAGGCUCACGAAGGAGUGUCAAGGCCUACGAAGGAGUGUCAAGGCUCACGAAGGAGUGUCAAGGCCUACGAAGGAGUGUCAAGGCUCACGAAGGAGUGUCAAGGCUCACGAAGGAGUGUCAAGGCCUACGAAGGAGAGUCAAGGCCUACGAAGGAGUGUCAAGGCUCACGAAGGAGUGUCAAGGCCUACGAAGGAGUGUCAAGGCUCACGAAGGAGUGUCAAGGCCUACGAAGGAGUGUCAAGGCUCACGAAGGAGUGUCAAGGCUCACGAAGGAGUGUCAAAGCUCACGAAGGAGUGUCAAGGCCUACGAAAAAGUGUCAAGGCUCACGAAAGAGUGUCAAGGCCUACGAAGGAGUGUCAAGGCUCACGAAGGAGUGUCAAGGCCUACGAAGGAGUGUCAAGGCUCACGAAGGAGUGUCAAGGCUCACGAAGGAGUGUCAAGGCUCACGAAGGAGUGUCAAGGCCUACGAAGGAGUGUCAAGGCUCACGAAGGAGUGUCAAGGCCUACGAAGGAGUGUCAAGGCUCACGAAGGAGUGUCAAGGCUCACGAAGGAGUGUCAAGGCCUACGAAGGAGUGUCAAGGCUUACGAAGGAGUGUCAAGGCUCACGAAGGAGUGUCAAGGCCUACGAAGGAGUGUCAAGGCUCACGAAGGAGUGUCAAGGCUCACGAAGGAGUGUCAAGGCUCACGAAGGAGCGUCAAGGCCUACGCAGGAGUGUCAAGGCUCACGAAGGAGUGUCAAGGCUCACGAAGGAGUGUCAAGGCUCACGAAGGAGUGUCAAGGCUCACGAAGGAGUGUCAAGGCCUACGAAGGAGUGUCAAGGCUCACGAAGGAGUGUCAAGGCCUACGAAGGAGUGUCAAGGCUCACGAAGGAGUGUCAAGGCUCACGAAGGAGUGUCAAGGCUCACGAAGGAGUGUCAAGGCCUACGAAGGAGUGUCAAGGCUCACGAAGGAGUGUCAAGGGUCACGAAGGAGUGUCAAGGCUCACGAAGGAGUGUCAAGGCCUACGAAGGAGUGUCAAGGCUCACGAAGGAGUGUCAAGGCCUACGAAGGAGUGUCAAGGCUCACGAAGGAGUGUCAAGGCCUACGAAGGAGUGUCAAGGCUCACGAAGGAGUGUCAAGGCCUACGAAGGAGAGUCAAGGCUCACGAAGGAGUGUCAAGGCUCACGAAGGAGUGUCAAGGCCUACGAAGGAGAGUCAAGGCCUACGAAGGAGUGUCAAGGCUCACGAAGGAGUGUCAAGGCCUACGAAGGAGUGUCAAGGCUCACGAAGGAGUGUCAAGGCCUACGAAGGAGUGUCAAGGCUCACGAAGGAGAGUCAAGGCUCACGAAGGAGUGUCAAGGCUCACGAAGGAGUGUCAAGGCCUACGAAGGAGUGUCAAGGCUCACGAAAGAGUGUCAAGGCCUACGAAGGAGUGUCAAGGCUCACGAAGGAGUGUCAAGGCUCACGAAAGAGUGUCAAGGCUCACGAAGGAGUGUCAAGGCUCACGAAGGAGUGUCAAGGCUCACGAAGGAGUGUCAAGGCUCACGAAGGAGUGUCAAGGCUCACGAAGGAGUGCCAAGGCCUACGAAGGAGUGUCAAGGCUCACGAAAGUGUCAAGGCCUACGAAGGAGUGUCAAGGCCUACGAAGGAGUGUCAAGGCUCACGAAGGAGUGUCAAGGCCUACGAAGGAGUGUCAAGGCCUACGAAGGAGUGUCAAGGCUCGCGAAGGAGUGUCAAGGCUCACGAAGGAGUGUCAAGGCCUACGAAGGAGUGUCAAGGCUCACGAAGGAGUGUCAAGGCUCACGAAGGAGUGUCAAGGCCUACGAAGGAGUGUCAAGGCUCACGAAGGAGUGUCAAGGCCUACGAAGGAGUGCCAAGGCUCACGAGGAGUGUCAAGGCCUACGAAGGAGUGUUAAGGCUCACGAAGGAGUGUCAAGGCCUACGAAGGAGUGUCAAGGCCUACGAAGGAGUGUCAAGGCUCACGAAGGAGUGUUAA